AAAGAUUGUAGUGGGACUUGAGCAUUAUAUAUGUACUGUCUGUGAUUGACAGAUUAAUUUGCACAAGUGUGAAACGUUGAAUGGUGACAGUGGUUUCUGUUCAGAGGAGGUCGAGAUUUACAGAUAAUGUUUAAACUCAGCCACCAGGUGGCAGUGCGGUGUAACAAUGAAGUGAGGCAGCUGUAGAUACAGUGACCGGAGGUAAAAACGACAAACAAGCUCAAAUUGUAUUUCACUGAAACGGAGAAUCUCGCGUUAUUUCAUAUUUUAAUACAAAGCCCCCAAAAAAACUAAACACCUCGUAAUUUACACCAAACAAACCUGACACCUGACGCACAACGUGCAAACUUGCAUCAGUGGUGCCUUCAGGCUACAAACGGCCUGGAAAACAUGAAGUAAAUAGGGUGCAGCUAAUUGUAGACAAGCCCUCGACAAAUACAUCUGACUGGCAGCGCUGGUCUGAUGUCUUAUUGGUCCGUUUUGGAUCAGAUGCUCUGAGAGUCAGCCUUCACCCUCCAUGCUGCCCAAUUGGCUCGGUAGAAAAAUACGGGGAGGGCGGACUUUAUCAUUUUCCUUCCACCCCAAACCGGCUUGCUCGGUAUAAAAGCAGGGUUCAGCUGCAAGUCAGUUGGGGAAAUUUUUACUUUCCUUCCCGGCGGGUGGUGUGCAGAGCCUGAGAAGACUUGGUUUAUCCAACCAGCAAGCCCAGACACAUUUUUCCUCAGGUUACCUCGUGGUUCAGAUCGGCCACCUCCUAAGACACCAAGCAGCUCUGCCUUAAUAACCCCACCUGCCAGCGCUACACUGUAACCAAGCCAACCCUAAAGCCUUCAAAAUGAUGCAGAUCAGCAGCGACUCCGCCAGCAAUAAGCACUCCCUCAUCAACGUCAUGCACCGCUUCAUAGCAGCCGCCAACAACAUGGACGAGACCAUCAUGGUGCCGAGCCUGCUGCGAGACGUGCCGCUGGAGGAGCAGGCGGCCAGCGAGCUGGAGCCCAACAAUAAUAAUACUGAUGCUGAACCACCGUGUCCCAACAAGCAGAGGGACAUGUACGAGCACUACCUGCUCCUCAAGUCCAUAAAGAACGACAUGGAGUGGGGUCUGCUGAAGAGGGAGAUGAGCAGCGGCGCAAGCUUCCUGGAGAUGGCGGUGAAGCAGGAGGAGCAGCAGCCAGUCACCGGGGACCUGCUCCUGGAGGACAACUCGGACCUGGAGCAUCAGUUUCAUUAUCACCUCAGAGGACUGUUUGGAGUUCUGUCCAAGCUCACGCUGCAAGCCGACCACCUCACCAACAGAUACAAGAGAGAAAUCGGAGGCGGAAACUUCAUGAGAUAGAGGUCGUCCCCCCACCCCCAUAAACCUCCCUGGAUGUGAACUGACCAGGGUAACAACUUCUCACUCCUGUGUAGCUUCACUCCAACCCCCACCACCACCAAACAUACCUGGAAACCAGUGAUGCCUGCACGUGUCCCUCUGCCUGUUUCAGUGCAGAGGUUGACACUUGGGUGGAGGUUUAUUGAAUCUGUACCCAGAUGACGCACAGCUCUGGCUUAUGCAGAAACUUCCCCUCCCCUUUUUUUAAAUGUUUUUAAUUUCAAGUUUGAACAUGAAUUUGUCACCAGAUUGUGAAUUGAAAGGUUUCUGACUGUAGGAGAAAUUGAAUGCUGGUUAUUCUGUCCCUCCUGUAAAAUCUAAAUUAUUUAACACUGAGCUGAAGGGCUCUUCCUGCAGAGGUUGUAAAUCUUUCCAUUUGGUAUUACUGUAACAUGGCGUGCCUUGACUUUUUGCAUACCCUCUUGCCCUGUUCAGUUACCCCCCCCCAAAUUGUCUGACCGCUUAAAUGGUUAAUGUGUUCAUGAUGAAACAAAUCACUCGUUUGUCCUUUGGAUAUUUCAAAACCAAUUUUAUAUUGAAGCAGAAAUGCAGUAAAACUGAAAUAAAUAAUUGGAAAUUUGA